CGAAUCUUUUGUAACAUUCACACUGUUCUAAUGUUAAACAUAUUAAAAUAUAAAAUAACAGUAUGAACGGUAACGGGCACACGUUUUUGAGUAAAGUGUUGAAAAUAGUUGAGGAGCAACAAUCGGAGGUGACACCAUUGAUUCAGUUCAAACACCCUGAAGAGCUAGAGGCGAUCCUUGAUUUGGAUGUGACAAAAGCCGUGUCAGAUGCUGAGUUGGAGAGAUGCGUACGGCAAGUGCUGCAAUACAGUGUGAACACCAGCAAAGCAAUCUUUAGGAAUCAGUUGUACGGUGGCACCGAUCCCUAUGGGCUGUCAGGUGCUUGGAUCGCUGAGGCUUUCAAUACUAGUCAGUACACUUUCGAGGUUGCUCCAGCUUUCACUUUGAUCGAAUUAAAAAUGCUGCAGCAUAUUUUGAAGCUAUUCGGGAUUCUAGAAGGGGAUGGAAUCUUCACUCCUGGUGGUAGUAUAUCGCUGCUUUAUGCGGUCGUCGCAGCCAGGUUUAAGGCAUAUCCGGGCGUCAAGAGUCAGGGUAUGAGGAAUUUACCAGAGAUGCUGCUUUUCACUUCUGAAGAUAGCCACUACUCAAUAAAAAAAGCUGCACACUGGCUAGGAUUUGGGACCGAAAGUGUAAGAAUUAUCAAAACAAAUAAUCAAGGACAAAUGUCCGUAAAAGAACUGUGUUCUGCUAUACAAAGGGAGCGAGAUCUUGGCAGAAUACCCCUGAUGGUUAACGCUACUGCUGGAACCACUGUAUUCGGAGCUAUAGAUGACUUGGAAGCUAUUGCUGAAAUUUGCCAGAAGUUUGGUGUGUGGAUGCACGUUGAUGCAUGUUGGGGAGGAAGCUUGAUGCUAUCUUCAAAUCAAAGAUCAAAGUUAAAAGGCAUCGAAAGAGCGGACUCAAUAUCAUGGAACCCACAUAAGAUGACCGGUGCCCCCCUCCAGUGCUCCGUGUUCAUGGUGCGCAUGCGCGGCUUAUUGCACGAGUGUAACUCUGCGUCUGCGCAGUAUUUAUUCCAACAGGAUAAGUUUUACGAUGUCCGUUACGACACAGGAGACAAGAGUGUACAGUGCGGUAGAAAGAUAGAUGCUUUUAAACUAUGGAUGAUGUGGAAGGCUCGUGGAGACGCCGGGCUAAGCAAGCUCACCGAUCAUACAAUGAAUAUUGCCAGUUUCUGCCAGAAUGCAAUCUCAGAGAAACCUGGUUUUAGGCUCGUGACUGGAGUUAUGCAAUGCCCUAACGUCUGCUUCUGGUAUAUACCUACCUUUAUGAGGGAGAGACAAGAGGAUGAACAAUGGUGGGAGUUAAUGCAUAAGAUAACACCAAAAAUCAAAGAACUAUUGACCCUAUCCUCACAGCUGAUGGUGGCAUACACGCCUGUGAGACAUUACAAGAAUUUCUUCAGACUGGCGUUCACUUUCCAUCCGGUGAUUCAAGAGUCCCAAGUCCUGGAUAUGCUGCUAGCCAUCGAAGAGUGUGGGGAGAAAGUGACCCUGCAAAUGUUGUAAUUUUCAUCGAAAUGCGGGAGUUGUAUCAGAUUGCCAUUUAGCAAAUUUUUAUUGCGAUAAAUCUAUUAUUUGUUGGUAUGAAACCAAUGUUUAUUUUUUAAUCUGUCGAAAUUUUUUAAUAAAUCAUUUUCUGUAAUAAAACAAUUA